AUGGGACACUUUGCCCCGGCGUAUCAACAGGCGAGCAAUGAUGCAUGGUUGAACGAAAUGGUGGGAGAUAUCGCCUCAAGGGCUUCACCACAUCGGAGUUCGUCGAUGGGGGAGAGGAGUGCUUCUCUCCGAAGCUGGCAUACAGCUCAGAGCUUUGCUCGUGGUACUAGUGAAGGAGACGGUGACUGUGCGGCAUCGAAAACGGCGAAGAACUAUGAUAGAUUUCAUCAUGGCGUCAAUGGACUACUGCUCGAGAGUUCAGAUCUGCCUCUUGAUUCACCUACUGGACGUACAACAGGCAUCGCGGAUGAAGACUUUGUGGGGUCUUUGAAAUCGCCUACAAAGAAGCCGGCAGUUCCAAGCAAGUUAUCGAAAAUUAGUCCAAGCAUUCCGAUACACUCGGGGCGGUCCCCGACCCCAACACUGCGAUAUCAACGAAAGCCCGAUCUGAGGAGUAGUGCCAAUGAUAACCAGCAUCUACCCCAACUCGAGAGACGAUUAUCAGAUGUUCCGGAGUUCACUGGGUUUGACUCCCAUCCCGCCGUAAGACCUCUCGAAAGCAGGGUGGCACUUGGAGAGGCAGCUGGUCCGACCAUGGAGGACGAUUCGGCGCAGUACCCUGGAAUGCCAACAUUAAUCCCUAUAGUUAUAGGAAUCUGUCUCUCCGUGUUCAUUAUUUCACUUGACAGAAACAUCAUCACGACGGCGAUUCCUGAUAUUACCGCUGAUUUUCAUUCAUACGAUUCCAUCGGUUGGUAUGGUAGCGCAUAUCUCAUGACUGCCUCGGCAUUCCAACCAUUAUACGGGAGGAUUUACAUGUCAUUUGCAACCAAAUCGACUUUCUUGGUUGCGUUGGCCAUCUUCCAAGUGGGUAGUAUUAUUGUGGCAGCAUGUCCAUCAUCAGAUGUACUCAUUGUUGGACGAGCCAUACAAGGCGUCGGAAGUGCUGGAUUACUGACUGGUGCGUUCGUUGUGGCAACUCAUGCAGUUAGAAUUGAACAACGGCCCGUGCUUUUCGCUCUUGUGGGUAUCCUGUACGGAGUUGGAGCGUUGUGUGGCCCUUUACUUGGAGGUGCAUUGACAGACACGAUUGGAUGGCGAUGGUGCUUCUGGAUCAACCUGCCUAUCGGUGCUCUCACAUUCUUGGCUGUUCUGAUGUGCUUCAAACCCAAGAAUGUAGGAAAACGUCCUUCUUUUCUUCGCAGGCUCGUUACGCUCGACUGGUUCGGCAAUUUAAUUCUACUUGGAGCAAUGGCAAUGCUUUUCCUGGCACUUCAAUUUUCGGAGGAACGAUAUUCGUGGUCUAGUGCACGAUCCAUAGGAUUACUUUGUGGAUUCGGAGCUACAACUUUGAUAUUUGCGGCUUGGCUCAAGUAUCGUGGAGAAUCUGCUCUCAUACCCCCAAGGAUCAUCAAACAACGCACCGUGGCUGCAAGCUGUGGCGCAGCAUUUCUGAUCUAUGGAGCCCUUCUCAUACACUCAUACUACCUUCCUGUGUGGUUCCAGGCUGUCAAAGGCACAUCUGCUGUAACAUCUGGGGUUAAUAUGGUGCCAUAUAUGGCAGCCAACGCCCUGUUCUCGUUGAUAGCAGGGGUCUUUGUGUCUAAGAACGGACUCUUUGCACCUCCUUCGAUCAUCGGUUGCGCCAUUGGAACGAUUGGUUCCGGCCUGUUAGCCACGAUUGACGAAUCAGUGCCUACGGCACGAUGGGUCGGAUUUCAGAUCCUCACAUCAGUUGGUCUCGGCAUGGCAAUUCAGCAAGGUUUUAGUGCAGUUCAAGCGAUGUUACCAUUGGAGGAAGUUCCCAUUGGCACAGCAGCCGUUGUUGCUUCUCAAUCUCUAGGCGGGGCCAUAUUUGUGUCGGUCGGUAACACUUUACUUCAGAAUCAUCUUCUGAAUCAGAACAAUGAGGGUGCUAUUCCGGGAGUCAACAUUCGUGUUGUCUUCGAGCUCGGAGCAACCCAAUUCAGAGACGUUGUUCCACCAGAAUCUCUGCCCGCCCUGAUCGCGCUAUAUAAUGACGCUUUGCGCGGGGUGUUUAUCGCAGCGGUCCCUCUGUGUGGAAGCGCAUUCUUGUGUAGCUUGUUGAUGGAAUGGAGAAGUAUGAGACGGCAAGAGGAAGUAGGGGGAAAGAAUGAUGGGAAGGAAGAGGCAUAA